AUGAAGAUCCUUGCCUUGGCCUUUAUCAUGGCUCUCAUGUUUGUCAUGAUUGGAGCAGAUUCUUCAUCUGAAGAGGAUCACCCAGUUAACCCAUUUAUGGAUAUUCCUUAUCCCAUGUCAGAGAAUAAUUUCCCUCCUCCUGGCUCUCCUUCUGAGAAUAAUUUACCCAAGAACCUUGGGAAUCCUAACACUGAUCCAGGAAAAUCUGAAUAUCCCUGGAUUCUCAGUGCUCCUAGAGCACCCCUCAACCGCAUUCCUAGUUUUCCCACACCUACCUGGUUGGAUGCGCCUCGUCAGAAGGAUUCCUCUGUCAUUCACACCUCAAACAGACCUAUAAGACCUUUUGUCCAAUCCAGUGCAGUUGACCCCAUAAAGUAUGUAGCUAAGCCAUCUAGUGCACCCCUGCCUCCUGCCCCAGCAUGUGCGAUUGAGCCUGCUGGAACCCAGCCUGAUGAAGUGGAGCGUGCUCUAGCCCCACUUGCUCCAGCCCCACCUGCUCCAGCCACACCUGCUCCGGCCACACCUGCUCCGGUCACACAUGCUGCCCCAGAGCCUUAUUCUUCUACUUCUCUUGAUCCGGUGGGUUGCCUGAAUCUUACUCCCGUAAUAUAUUUUUAG